UCCAUCGUUUGAGAUGACGGUCCUGUGAGCAGCCAGUUCUAGAGAGGAAACUUUGCAGCACAAGUCUCAUGUCAACGCUGGAAUUGAUGAAAAGGGAUUGUUUUGCAUCUGGGACACUGUCCUCAGCUUCUCUAAAAAGACGAUUCAUCAAAAAGGGAAGAGUCGCUCCAAGUGCCAACUGCAAAGAUGUGAACACAGACUGUCAUCUGUGCAGGUGUUUCCUAUUUUCCAACUCCGGCAGUGGUCGGACUGUUCGUCGGAUUCUGACAGCUUGCCUGCUGUCUUUCCUGGCCCUGCUUGGUUCUGUAUCCAUUGACCUCAGCUCCAAUUUUGCAUUGCUCCACUCGACUGAGGCUGCUUACGAAGAAUUGGCUUCGUGCCGGACGGCAGCCAUCUUGGACCUGGUCAAUAAGCUUCAACUGAUGCGCCAUUUGUUAAGCAGAGACGUGGGGAAUGAGACGUUCAAUGCCAGUGUUUCUGCAGUUGUGUUGCCCAUCUUGGAUCUGUGUGGUGGCAUAGUGGGCCACAGAGAUGGCUAUGGGCUGCAUUGCCACGAUAGGGUGGCUGAAUUUUGCCAGGAGAUUGAAAGGAGCGUUCAUGAAUUAAUGCGCCCUUCACUGGUUACAAAUACAACACCUGAAAACGAUACCUCGGCUCUGAAUGCGUUCAUUAGAGGGCUUCUUGAUAUGUGGGUUACAGAAGAAGAAAGUCUGAGCAAAGCCAGACAUGACUCCAACUGGGGAGAUGUUCUAUCUGCAAGGCUUCUGCUCACAUUCAAAGAACUCAACCACCAGUUACAGGACUUCCCCAAUAUGGCAGCGUUACCUGCUUUCCAGGACAAGUGGACUUUUGUGUUAAAGUACCUGAACUUGGCUGCGCUCAUGACAGAACAACUGCAUGACUGCUGGUUUGAGAACAUUGAUGGAAAGUUCAACUCAAGCCCGUAUUUCAAACAAAUCUUCAACACAAAUCUUUGGGACAUCACAGACUCAAACAAAAAGCUGUCCGGCUCCCACACCGGAUUACAAUUGCUGAAUAACACUCAGCAGUGCUUGUUUGAGCGUGCGGUGCCGGCACUGCGAAUGGCAUCUCGCUCGGUGUCUUCGGGCCUCAGUAUGAAGAUCAGCCUUCUGGCAAUUGCCUGCCUCAUCUACCCAGUGGUCAUGUUCUCUUUCAAGCAAAUGACUGAGUGGAUUCAAAACUAUGCACGCAGUUUAAUACAGAAGACGGAGGACCUGAGACGUCAAAGACAACUGGCUGAAGAUCUGCUGCAUCAAAUGCUGCCAAAAUCAGUCGCGAAACAGCUCCGCCGGCAUAAACACGUAGAGGCGGAGAGCUAUGAGAAGGUGACCAUUUUUUUCUCGGACAUUGUGGGUUUCACCUCCAUCUCAGCCUCCUGCACUCCUUUACAAGUCGUGGAGAUGCUCAACAACCUCUACGUUUGCUUUGACACACGAAUAGACUCCUAUGAUGUAUACAAGGUUGAGACAAUUGGGGACGCAUACAUGGUGGUGAGUGGACUCCCCGAGAGGAACGGGAACAGACAUGCUGACGAGAUUGCCAAGAUGGCUCUGGAUCUGGUUGCAGCCGUCCGACAGGUGUUCAUCCCUCACAUGCCCAAACAGAGUCUGCAGCUCCGAGCUGGAAUUCACACAGGUCCAUGUGUGGCAGGAAUCGUGGGCUACAAGAUGCCUAGAUAUUGUCUGUUUGGGGAUACGGUGAAUACAGCAUCUAGAAUGGAGUCCACCAGUCUGCCUCAAAAAAUCCACACAAGUUCUGCAACCUACUUGGCCCUGAACAAAGACUAUGCCUACGAUUUGCAGCUUCGAGGAGAAAUUGAAGUCAAGGGUAAAGGCAAAAUGAACACAUAUUGGUUGAUUGGCCAUAGAAACUACAGUGUCCAGAAUGACAGUCUGGUUUGCCACUGGAAUCCCAACAUGGCGAGAAAAAAGAAGACUGAGGCAAGCAGUGAUGUCUCUGUGGGAAAUUCAUCAGCAACAGUGGAGAGCCUCAGUGAAAGCGCCACCACCCCGGUGCCCAAUCACACGCCAGCGCACCCUCGAUCCCAUAAGGCCAGCCUCAGUGGUACGGCUCAGAUGGGGCCUUCAGGCAGCAGCGGUGCCAAUCGGACCUCCAUGAUUGGGGGACUGCAGGGGGAGGUGGAGCUCUCCCUGCACAGUCAGUGCAGAGGCAGCAGCAGUGAAGACAAAUGUGACAUUCUGCCUGGCUCCACAAACAACAACAAUAACCUCCGUCAUGACUGCAAUUUAUAUAACAGAAUAAGCGAUUUAUAAAGUCCCCCCUCUCUCUCUCUCUCUCUCUUCUUUUUACUCAGUCUUUCAUAGUUUCAGUAUUAAUUCAUAUGCCAACUUUCCCAAGUUUUGAUCA